AUGAAUUCAAGACCUGAAAAGCCGGCAUGGAUGUCACAAGAGGACUACGAUCGUCAAUACGGUAUUGAAUCAAAGGAUAGCCCAAUUAUCACGACAACUGUUGAACCAAUCACUGAAAAUGUGCAACCAGUGGUACCAAAUGAUACCACCGGAUCUGUAAAUCCACCUAAUAGCAAGGUCGAGAAACGUAAGCAUAGCAGAUACGAUCAGGAUGAAAGGAAAAGGAGAGUUGAACAACAAAGAAUCAGGGAUGAACAGUUUAAGCAACAUGAAAUAGAAUUGACAGCAAACAAGACACUAAAUGUUAAUCAGAUCGUGAGAGAGCAUUAUAACGAAAGAACUGUAAUUGCUAAUAGGUCCAAGAGAAACUUGUCUCCUAUUAUCAAGCUUCGUAAUUUUAAUAAUGCAAUCAAGUACAUGCUUAUCGAUAAAUACACAAAACGUGGGGAUGUUGUACUGGAAUUAGGUUGUGGUAAAGGUGGUGAUCUGAGAAAGUACGGUAAUGCAGGUAUUUCACAAUUUAUUGGUAUUGACAUAUCCAAUGCAUCUAUUCAAGAGGCUCAUAAGAGAUACAGAUCAAUGCGAAACCUGGAGUAUCAAGUAAUUCUAACCACCGGCGACUGUUUCGGUGAAUCUCUAGGAAUAGCAGUGGAACCAUUCCCACAAUGUAGAUUUCCGUGUGAUGUUGUCUCAACACAAUUUUGUUUGCAUUAUGCCUUCGAAACAGAAGAAAAAGCAAGAAGGGCGUUAUUAAAUGUUUCCAAAUCUUUGAAGGUUGGAGGUUAUUUCUUUGGGACCAUUCCUGAUUCUGAAUUUAUUCGUUAUAAAUUAAACAAAGUUAGUAAAGAAGUAGAAAAACCGAGCUGGGGUAAUUCUAUUUACAAAGUUACAUUUGAAAAUAAUGAAUAUUCUAAAAACGGUAACGAAUUCCCAUCACCAUAUGGACAAAUGUAUACGUUCUGGCUAGAAGAUGCGAUUGAUAAUGUCCCUGAAUAUGUGGUUCCAUUUGAAACGUUAAGAAGUUUAGCUGAUGAGUAUGGUAUGACUCUUGAAUUGCAAAUGCCUUUUAACAAAUUUUUUGCUCAGGAAAUCCCUCAAUGGUUCCAUAAAUUCUCACCAAAAAUGAAAGAAGGUCUUCAAAGAUCAGAUGGAAGGUUUGGUAUUGAAGGUUCUGAAAAGGAAGCAGCUGCAUACUUCUACACAAUGUUUUGUUUCCGUAAAGUUAAAGACAUUUCAAGCUAG